AUGGAGCAGGCCCAAGAAUCAACACCAAUAUACCAAGCCUAUCCCGAAGGAGGAUUGAAAGCGUACAGCGUCGUUCUUGGAGCAUGGUUUACAUUGCUACCUGCAUCUGGACUCUUGAACUCCACUGGGAUCCUCCAGGCGUGGCUUUUCGAGCACUACCUAAUAGACUACACGGAGAGCGAGAUUAGCUGGAUCUUCAGCACCUUCGCAUUCCUGUUCUUCUUUGGUGGGUUCAUCGUCGCGGUAGGACCGCUGUUCGAUAGAUAUGGCGCAAAGAGGUUACUGCCCGUUGGCGCUCUGGGACUUGUCGCUUCUUUAGUAGCAACGAGUUGGUGUCGCUUAUACUACCAAUUCAUCCUCUCAUUUGGGGGUCUCGGAGGAUGCGCAUGCUCGGUCCUCUGGACAACUAGUAUCGCUACCUUAGGUCACUGGUUCGACCAAAACCGCGGUCUUGCGACCGGAAUCGCCACGACCGCUGGUGGAGUCGGUGGCGUCUUAUUUCCCAUCGUUUUCACCCAACUUGUCGGCAGGAUCGGAUUCACUUGGACCAUGAAUUGUUUCGCUCUCAUCAGUGCAUUCUGCUUGGUCGUUGGCGUCGCACUCCUCAAAACGCGUCUCCCAAGAAGCCCUCACGCAAGUCUCAUCAUGGACUGGCGCGGUUUCAAGGACUUCCGAUUUGUCCUCACCAUGUCGGCGAUAUUUGUCCUGGACUGGGCUGUACUGGUGCCACCGGCGUACAUAUCGACUUAUGCCAGUUCCAAAGGCCUUCACAGCCUUUCUCAGCAUGUCCUAGCGAUCCUCAACGCAGCCUCGAUCCUUGGACGUGGGCUACCGGGGCCGAUAGCAGACAGAAUAGGUCGGUUCAACGUCAUGAUCUUAAGCUCGGCCGCAUGUACGGCAUCGAUUCUCGGACUUUGGCUGAAUGCCAAUUCAAGUCGUGCGAUUCUUAGCGCUUUUGCAGUCCUUUACGGACUCUUCAGCGGAUCGGUAUACAGUCUAACACCUGUAUGCGUUGCACAGUUAUGCCGAUCUGAUGAUUACGCGAGCAAGUAUGGCACUGCGUAUGGCGUUGUGAGCUUUGCAACAUUGGCUGGAGUGCCCGUAUCGGGAAGCAUAGUUGAUGUCGGAGGUGGAGCCAACUAUGCUGCGUUGAUCUCGUUCUGUGGCGCUGCGUAUGCUGCUUCUACUGUCCUUUUUGUUGUUGCUCGCGGCUGUAGUAUUGGAUGGGGUUUGCAGGCCAAGUUCUGA